CCGAGCACGGCUCUCGCUGGUAACUGAAUAGCCAGUGUAAUCUGACACUUCAACUUGCCGUGCUCCACGGUAGUUGAUUCAGUCAGUCACUCACACCGUCUCCGGGGCUCUCGCGUCGUCUUUGUGAAGUGGAGGGAGCGGGCGAGCGAGCGAGCGAGCGAGCGGAGCGGCGCCGUACGCACGAGGUUUGGAGAAACAAUACGCGGAUCUGACGCCGAGGUCCUCGCUGAAAAGCUCUUGAAGAAGGCGCUGGCUGGGUGCAAAUGAAAGAACGCUCGCUGAGGCUGGACAGUCUGGCCACGAGAAGGAGGUGACGCCGGAGAAGUGCCGCGAAAAUAGUGAAAACGGCGAGACGGAGAGGCAGCACAUGCACUGGCAGCGCUACAAGUUGCAGCUUGAGGAAGAAGACGCGCGCUCUGUGAUUGAUGAGGAUUAAGAAACCCGAUUUUGCCUGAUAGCAAACGCAGGAACGUCCUCAUCCACAACUGAAUCUGCAGCGUUGCCCACCCUGUCAAGAGUAGCUGGCCUGUCUGCAUCGCUGGCAGUGAGAGUCAAGAACUUUUGAUGGCGUCCCGGUAGAGGCAUCAGGAUGAACACGCUACCAUCGAUGGACCGGCACAUCCAGCAGACCAAUGACAGGCUGCAGUGCAUCAAACAGCACUUACAGAACCCGGCCAACUUCCACUCGGCGGCCACAGAGCUGCUCGACUGGUGUGGAGAUCCCCGGGCCUUCCAGCGACCUUUCGAGCAAAGCCUCAUGGGAUGUCUGACGGUGGUGAGUCGAGUUGCCGCUCAGCAGGGGUUCGACUUGGACCUGGGCUACAGGUUGCUGGCUGUGUGCGCCGCCAACAGAGACAAAUUCACUCCCAAGUCUGCAGAAACCAGCACCUGCAGGAGAUGUCAGAGUGACUCAGCCCUGCUGUCGUCGUGGUGCGAGGAGCUGGGUCGCCUCCUCCUGCUGCGUCACCAGAAGAACAGGCAGAACGAACCGCAGGGAAAAGUCCCCAUGCAGCCCAGCAUGAACAGCAUGAAGCCCGGCCUCACACACAGUGAUGGAUCCUUUCCCUAUGACUCUGUCCCCUGGCAACAAAACACCAACCAGCCCCCUGGGUCAUUGUCUGUGGUUACAACAGUGUGGGGUGUGACCAACACGUCACAGAGUCAGGUGCUUGGGAACCCAAUGGCAAAUAGCAAUAACCCCAUGAAUCCUGGAGGUAACCCUAUGGGAUCAGGUAUGUCUGCCAGCGCAGCAGGGCUCAACUCACCCCAGUUCAGUGCUCAGCAGCAGCAGUUUCCAAACAAAGGAGGCUCCAACCAACCGUACAUGCAGCAGGGCAUGUACGGCAGGCCUGGCUACCCCGGAGGUCCUGGGGGAUACAGUGGGAGUUACUCUGGAGGUCCAAACGCUCCUCCAGGCGGUAUGGGAAUGACCUCCCACACACGUCCUCCUGGCGACUUCACUCAGCCAGCCGCCGCCGCCGCAGCUGCUGCCGUCGCUGCCGCUGCCGCCACUGCGACGGCCACGGCGACAGCCACGGUAGCGGCUCUGCAGGAAACCCAGAACAAAGAUAUGAACCAGUACGGACAGAUGUGUUCGUCGUUCCAAAUGGGCCCCGCUCAGGCCUACAACAGCCAGUUCAUGAACCAGCCAGGCCCACGGGGCCCCCCUGGAGGCAUGAAUCCAGCCAGCAUGGGAUCAGCCAUGAACAACCCCAAUAUGAGCGGGCCUCCCAUGGGCAUGAACCAGGCUCGUACCCCGGGCAUGGGGCCUUUCGCCGCUCACGGCCAACGGAUGCCACAGCAAGGGUAUCCCGGAGGACCUCGACAGGGGAUGCCCAUGCAGGGGAUGAAGAGGCCGUAUCCUGGAGAGGCGAGUUACGGGGGUCAGCAGUACGGGCCGAACAGUCAGUUCCCACCCCAGCAGGGGCAGUACCCCACAUCGAACGCCUCCAGGCCGCUGCCAUCUCCCAACUACCCCGGCCAGAGGAUGCCAGGGCAGCAGGGCCAGGGACAGUACCCUCCUGGGAUGCCCAUGAGCCAGUACUAUAAGCAGGAGCCCUUUAAUGGUCAGAGCACCAACUUCUCUGGAGGUGGAUACCCAUACAGCCAAGGCAACGGGCCCCCCAGGCCCGGCAACUACCCCCACUCCCCGGUGCCUGGUAACCCCACACCCCCUAUGACCCCAGGAAGUGGUAUUCCUCCAUACCUGUCGCCAAACCAGGAUGUGAAGCCCCCGUUUCCACCCGACAUGAAACCAAAUAUGGCAGCACUACCGCCCCCUCCAACUAACCCCAAUGAGGAGCUGCGGCUGACGUUCCCAGUCCGGGAUGGAGUGGUGCUGGAGCCGUUCCGCUUGGAGCACAACCUGGCUGUCAGUAACCACGUUUUCCACCUACGACCCUCCGUCCACCAGACCCUCAUGUGGAGGUCGGACCUCGAGCUGCAGUUUAAAUGCUACCACCAUGAAGACAGGCAGGGGAACACCAACUGGCCCGCCUCCGUCCAGGUCAGCGUCAACGCCACUCCGCUCACCAUCGAGAGGGGGGACAACAAAACCUCCCACAAGCCCCUGCACCUGAAGCACGUCUGCCAACCUGGAAGGAACACCAUCCAGAUCACAGUCACCGCCUGCUGUUGUUCCCACCUGUUUGUGCUGCAGCUGGUCCACAGGCCAUCUGUGCGCUCCGUCCUCCAGGGGCUCCUGAAGAAAAGACUCCUUCCUGCAGAACACUGCAUCACCAAGAUCAAGAGGAACUUCAGCAGCGUGGCAGCCUCUGCGGGCAACACCACUCUCAACGGGGAGGACGGCGUGGAGCAGACGGCCAUAAAAGUGUCGCUGAAAUGUCCCAUUACCUUCCGACGCAUCCAGCUACCGGCGCGAGGGCACGACUGCAAACACGUCCAGUGCUUUGAUCUGGAGUCCUACCUGCAGCUCAACUGUGAGCGGGGGACGUGGAGGUGUCCUGUGUGCAAUAAAACAGCAUUAUUAGAGGGUCUGGAGGUGGACCAGUACAUGUGGGGAAUCCUUAAUGCCAUCCAAAACUCGGAGUUUGAGGAGGUCAAUAUAGACCCGACAUGCAGCUGGAGACCUGUCCCCAUUAAGUCGGAGCUACACAUCAAAGAGGACCCCGACGGACCACUUGCCAAGCGCUUUAAGACCAUGAGCCCCAGUCAGAUGACCAUGCCCAAUGUGAUGGAGAUGAUCGCCCAGCUAGGGCCUGGCCCCGGCCCAGGACCAGGUCCUGGCCACGGACCAGGCCCCAGCCCCUACCCCCCUCACCCUGGUCAACAUGGCAGCGGCAAUGGGGGAGAUUACCCCGGAGCAGGCAACAGCUACCACAGCCAAGGGAACUUUGACUUCCCGCAUGGGAACCCCUCUGGUGGUGGAGUCGGAGGAGGAGGAGGAGGAGGAGGAGGUGGAGGAGGCCCCCCCAUGAAUGACUUCAUCCAGGGCCCGCAGCUCUCCCAUCCCCCAGAUGGACCUGGUGGGCUCCUCUCGCAGGACAAGCCCCUUAACCACGGCAUGAACGAUGCGAUGUCCCAUCCCGAUCAGUCCCAUAACUCCAUGCAGCAGAUCUUGCAUGCGUCUCCCCACCCCGGCAGCCAGUCAGGGCUGCCCUUACAUCACAGUGGCCAGUCAGGGCCGCCCUUGCAUCACGGCGGCCAAUCAUCGCAGCCCCCUCGCCAGUCGCAGCCGCAGCCUCAGCAGCCUGGGCAGAACAGUCACCCGCACAGCGAUCUGAACUUUAACCCCUCCUCAGACGGGCAGAUGGGUCAGGGAGCCCAGGAUAUGCCUGAACCCUCCCUGGAUCUGCUUCCAGAGCUGGCCAACCCAGACGAGUUACUAUCAUACCUGGACCCCCCCGACCUCCCCAGCAACAGCAACGACGAUCUCCUCUCCCUCUUCGAGAACAACUAGCCUUUCUACCCCCACUCCCACCACCACGAACCCCUCUUGCACCUAAACGGGAGCAGUGACGUGUUUGACUGUCCGUCCGCAGACACCUCACCGACCUCCUGUCAACACUUCAAGCGGCUUCCUAUGCUCACGCACGCACACGCAUACACAGUCUCUCAACAGAUAAUGUGUGGCAUAGGAGCUGAAAAGAGGCGCCUGUUUGGGAACUCGCAGGGAGAACGCAGGAUCGCCGCGCUCCCUCUUUUUUUAUUUCCUUGUGUAAAGAUUCCACGCACCAGUUCCACCGCCUGACUCGGAAAACACACCAUUUACAGCCAUGUUGGCGGGCACUAAAGUGAUAUUAUAUAUAUACAUAUAUGAUAUUUGUGACUUUUCAACUGAAAACUGUGCAGCUAUAAUCAUCAUGUGUAAACAACACAGAGCAGAGACAGAAAUGUGUUGUAGCUUUGUUUUUGUUUUUUUUUGUUUUUUUUAUUUUAAUUUUCCCAUUGUGAAAAAAACAAACAUUGUCUUGUAAGAGUGUUUUUAACCUAUUUGAAAUGUGUUCUUCCAAAACUUUGGCACAUGCCAUGCCCUUCGACACCCGGACUUCUGUGUGUGUGUGUGUGUGUGUGUGUGUGUGUGUGUGUGUGUGUGUGUGUGUGUGUGUGUGUGAGAGAGAGAGACAGAUGAAUAACUGGAAUCAUCUGAAUCCGAGCACUGACAGGAAAAGCUAAAACGUCCUCCAGUGUCAACAGAGGAAACGAGCGCACAUUGUGCAAUGUGGCGUGCACGUGUGUGCGUGAGUGUGUGUGUGUGUGUGUGUGUGUGUGUGUGUGUAUAUACCUAUGUGUGUGUGUGUGUGUGUGUAUGUUUACGUGUCCUCUUUUGUUUGCCUGCGAGCGUAUGUGAAAAACAGCGGGGAGAGAACGUUUGAGACGGAGGAGGGAAGAAAAAUAUUGGAUGGAAGAGAGCGAGAGGAAAAAAAAACAAUCCCCUCCGUUCUCCUCCUCCAGCCGGUCGGCAGCCGUUCUCCUUGUAUUUAUUGUAAUGUUUUCGCUCUUCCUCAUCAAACUCAGCGCCGUUUUGUUCUCAAGUGCAUGUGUGCCAAUGGCUCCUGUUGUCUUUGUCCAGCCUAAACGUGCUCGAUCGAAUCAUUUUCUGUCAUCUUUAUAUUUAUUAUUUUAAAAUCAUUUGUUUUGGGUUCUAUUUUUUUUUUUUGUUGUUGUUUUGUUUAUUUUUAUCACCGUUGUCCUUUGUAUGUUUGUUUAUCUUUGUCCCACAUUGAAAUUAAUCAGUUACACGUCACCAAAGCUGUCCUCACCUUUUUUUCUAAGGUGUCCAGGCCUGGAUAUUAUGUUGGUGUAACAUCCUACAGGCGUCUGCAGAAGUUUUUAAAUCACUGUAUUUUAUAGAAACGUCUGUGUGAUUGUACUGAUCUUUCCUUUUGUCGUUUUGUUACUGGUGAACUGCAUCUGUUUUUGGGAAGGGAAAAAAAGAAAAAAAGAAAACACAUCCUGCAUGAUCCAACAGUGUUUCCAGAGCUGUUGUAUAUACCCCUUUGUGAAUACUUUGUGACUGUACAGUACUGUACUUAUCUAUUACUGGCAACUACACGGUACUGUAUGUCUGUCGAGGACUACACACACUCACAAACACACAGAGUCCCUUCUAACCAGUCCGAUAUUGCAACAAAUUGAUCCAAAUGCACUCUCACUGGCCUUGUAUUGAGUACCUGUGUGUUGUGUACAGUUUUUCCAUGACCCUGUGACAAUACAUUAGUGGAAAGACAUAUUUAAGUUGCUCUGCAGGCAGGUUUAAGAGGGUUUUUUUCCACCCCCCCGUUUCUGUUUGAUAUAAAAAUAUGUCGGGUCAGGUCUAAAUUUCUCCAAAAAUGAUUUGUUUUUAUUAUUGGAACAAGUGACCUCUUCCUCUUUAUUUAAAGUGAGAAUGUGCAAAAUGUCCUCUGUGUUGUUUUGAGGCCUGAUAAUGAGCUUUGUGAUAACCAUACCUAGCAGAAAUGUAUGUAUUUCCAUCACAUUUUAUAUUGUUUUAAGUUAUUCUUUUUGUCCCGUGUUUUUAUGACAGCUAUAACUUGGUUUACACAGUUUUAUGCAGUACAGUUCAUGAAUUUAAAGUAUACUGUAUGCUGUCGGAUUAAAAUCCCCGCACCCCCCAUUUGAGAUUUGAAGAACCAAAUACCGAUCUUCAAACCUGAUCACAUCACCUGCAUAUAACACAGCUGAAGGAUCAGAUGUUGUUUUUGUGUUCGUCUGUAUGUUUGUCGAAGACAAUGCACUGCCGCGUUGGGAUGUUUUAUUUCCCUACACAGUGUGUAACUGUAAGCGUAACCUUUCACAGAAUCACGUCUAUAGUAAUCUGAGCGACGCAAAUUGUACUGUCUGGUUGCAGACGUCCAAAAUUGAGUUGAGGAUUUAAAAGAGAAUGCAAUUAAUAUUGUAAAAUGAAAUUUAGGGGGAGACCCCCCCCCCCUUUCUAUUUGCAUUACAAGGGGGGAGGUUGUGGCAGGGGGCUGGGGGUGGGUGGGGGUCAGGAUGUAUGUGUAUAUAAUGUAAAUGACAAAUAGAGACACAUUAACAGAAAUGUAUUCAUUUUCUCCAGGGGGAGUGUGCAUAGUGUAUUUAGAAUUUGUAAAGCUUCCAUCCUCCUGUCAGACAUUGAAUUGGCAAAAUGAGUCUGUGUUUGAUUGCGUCUGUGCAGACCUCUCUAACCACGCCUGUUCAUUUAUGUAAGAUACUUUAUGUGCCCCUCCACGCGGGGUUUCCAAGAAAAAAAAAGACAUUUUUCCUUUGUGUAAUAUUAAACUUCUGUGUAUUUCUCUAUUACCUGUGUACUUUAUAAAGGUGCUACAAAAUUAUUCAGACCUUUUGAGGUAUAAUUGGGACUUGGAGACAUUGAGCUUCGAGUGGCUCUCGAGGGUUGUUUCCAAAUUUACAGUUUGUAAAAGAUUUUGUCAAAUUUAUAAUUUUUAUGCAAUUUGGCAAAAAAGAAAAAAAAAAAUCAUGCUAUAAAGGUACAGUCUGAAGUGAUUGGCACAACAAGUGGCAGUUGUCUCUUUGGUUUUUGUACAUUCUAUGUACAAUCAUUUCAUAUUCGAAACUGGUCAGAGAACAUUGUGAUUUUUAGUCUUGCAAAUCUGUAUGUAGUUAGAUGACGUGACAUCCUAAUAUUUAUCUAAUAAAUAUGUAUUCAGAUGAAACACAA